AUGGUUAACAUUUCUCGAGUCGUCGCAUUGUUUGCGUUUGCUACAGUCAGCGUUGCAGACACAUGCAAUCCCUUGAACACAAAAUGCCCUCCCAAUGUAGGACUGGCAAACGGUACUUACGCAAUCGAUUUCACACAGCAAACAUCAAUCCCACCUGACUGGACUCUAUCCAACUAUGCCAGCAUCAAGUUUGGCUCCAAGGGAGCUGAGUUCACCGUAGCCAAGCGCUUCGAUUCUCCUCAACUGUGGACCAAUUUCUACAUUCAUUAUGGCAAGACCGAAGUCGUAGCCCAGGUCGCCCCUGGAACAGGCAUUGUCUCAUCUGCUGUUCUCAUGUCUGACGAUCUCGACGAGAUCGAUUGGGAAUGGUCAGGAAACAAUUUUGGAGAUACUGUUUCCAAGGGACAGAACAAUUACUACGGAAAGGGUAUAACCGGAAACUACGACAGAGGUAGUUUCUUCAACAUUGCCUCUCCUCAGACACAGUUCCACACAUAUACUGUUGAUUGGACCCCUACGGCCUUGACUUGGUCUGUUGAUGGCACCGUUGUCAGAACCUUUUACGCCUCAGAUGCCGACAACGGCUCUCAUCAAUACCCUCAAUCGCCAGCUAAAUUUCAAUUGGGAAUCUGGGCAGGAGGUGAUCCUGGAAAUGCAUGGGGCACCGUUGAUUGGGCCGGAGGAUACACUGAUUUCACAAAAGCCCCUUUCACUAUGUACGUGAAGAGUGUCAAGAUUACCAACUACAGCCCCGCAUAUGCGUAUAACUACACGGACAAUUCUGGAAGCUCUGAUAGCAUAAAG